CUCGCACAUACAUCAUUCACUGAUACAAGCGCUGGAUGGGCUAGCAGUUUUGGGCAUGGUACAUCCUCCCGCUUCUGAAUUCGCAGGGUGGACGUACAACUAAAGCUGCACCACCCGGCUCGUGGUGUUGGUAGCAGCAGCCGUUGGGGUUUCAGUGAUGGGGUGGUUCCUGUCUCCUCACAUCACCGAGCUCAUGAGGGUUGCUCGGGACUGCGCAGCCACCAAUUUCAUGGUCCACCGGGGCAGCAAGAAGAAGCUGGAAAAACUGGUGCAGGAUCUGGAGGAAAUCAAGCGUCUCCUGGACCCAGCCAGCACGACCUUUGUCAACAAUCAAUCCAAGCUCGACCGAUUAUGGCAGCUCAAAGAGGAUAUUCAUGAGGUGGAGGAGAUUCUGGACUUGUUUCAGCUGGAGAUCCAUGACGUUCAAUCAACCGGCAUAUAUAUAUUCAAAAAUAAGAAAGUUUCGGGUCAGCUGGUGAAAGUGGUCAAGACCAUAGGUGAGACUCGGGAGAAGGCGCGGGACCUCCAACAAGGUGCACCUUCUUCGAGUUUGAUCUUGGCAAGACCAGAAACAGGCCAUAACCCGGUGAUGAACAAGGGGAGCUUCUUCGGGUACCAUGACAAGUAUGAUCAGCUGGUCAAGAUGUUGUGGCCGCAGCCGAUUGGCAACAAGGUGGAGGGCAAGAAGAUACCGCUGGUCAUUGCCAUCCUCGGCCAUGCCGGGAUGGGGAAAACUGAGCUUGCUCGCCAGGCGUAUCGGGACGCCAAAGGCAAGUUUGACCGUCGCAUAUGGGUGCACGCCUAUGGCAAGAACACCGAAUCCGACCUCCUGAAGGAGAUCUGGAAGUCUGUUGCUGGUCGCGAACCGGUCGGCGAGAUGAACGUCACGUGCCUCCAGAGGGAACUCGAGAAGCUCUUGGCACCGCAGAGGUGCCUUCUGGUGCUUGACGAUGUAUGGAAUCAUGAGUCGGCGACCCACGAGGUGGAGAGGAAGCAUGCAUGGCAGGCGCUGGACCUGUUUACACGGUGCGCUCAAGAUGGAAGUAGAAUCGUGAUGACGACUCGAGCCAAGAUAUGUUCGGCAACGUUCAAAGCAGAUGCAAUCAUCUUCUUGGAUGGGAUCAAAGACAAGGAGAUGACAUUUCUGCUCAACCACACUGCCAACGGUACUACCGAGAAUAGUGACCAAGGGGUUCAGGAACGGAUAGACAGGCAAGUCCCGAAGCUGAAGGGGUCCCCAUUGGCAGCGGUAGAGAUCGGCGAGGACUUGAAGAAGAAAACCACAAGUAAAGAGAAGUGCGACAUCAUUGACGACAUUGAAAGUCAUCUGGGCACUGUAUACCAGGACCAUCUGUUCACGUAUCGGCAUCUGCCGCCGCACCUGCAGCGUUGUUUUCAGUUCUGCAGCAUAUUCCCAUACAAUUGGAGGUUCGAGCCUGGGAAGUUGAGCAAGAUGUGGAUGGCCCUUGGUUUUGUUGAGGAGAAGGCCCAUCCUCGGGUUGGAAAUGGAGUGAGCAGCAUGGAAGAUGUCGCCAGAGGCUACUUUGACGAUCUGGUGGAUCGUUCCUUGUUCCAGUUAGAACAGAGCAAGGGUGGAGGAGACAAACAGGCUCGUUACGUGAUCCAUGAGCAGACCCAUUGGAUGAUACGGCUGGUCUCUGCCAACAACUGCAUCAGCAUCUCCGGCGACAGUACCAGCGUAGCCAAGACAAGCAUCCCUGCAACGGUUCGCCACUUGUCAGUUGCCAGCAACUGCCUUGAUGAGCUCAGGAAGAAACAUCCUAGUUGGGUGCUCAACAAGCUGCGGACUCUGCUAGUCCUCAAGAAUGAUGAUGAUUCCAAGUCGUCGACUGUUGACAAAGGUAUACUCAAACUGUUCAAGGGCGUGAGAGUACUGGACCUGACAGCAGCAACAGACCUGACGCAUCUGCCAGGAACAAUCCACAAUCUGAAACAUGUCCGGUACCUCGGUCUUCCGAGCACCAUGAGGAAUCUGUGUGAUGAGGUCACCGAGCUAUUGUUUCUCCAGACCUUCAGCCUUGAUGGGAAGAAGCAGAAUACCUGUCGGCUGCAGAGGUUUCCAAAACAUAUGAACAGGCUCGUCAACAUGCGACACCUCGACAUCGACAUGGAGUGCAUCGCCAACAUCAGCGGCAUCGGGAGGAUGGCUAAACUGCAAGGACCCAUCGAGUUCAAGGCCGUCAGGGCGUCAGAGAAAGAAGGGCACGCCGUGUCGGAGCUUGAGGGGAUGGACUCUCUGCGAGGGACGCUGAGCAUAAAGGGCCUCGACGCCGUCCCCAGCAAGGAGGAAGCCACGAAGGCUCGACUCGAGCAGAAAAGUGCCGUCAAGGUGCUCAAGCUUGAAUGGGGGCCUCCGGAUCCGCGGCGAGUGAACGGUGGACCUGCCGACUCCGACGCAGUUGCCGUCCUUGAAGGUCUCCAGCCUCACCGCGGCCUCCAUGAGCUGCGCAUCACGAGGUACCCUGGGGCGACGUCGCCGAGCUGGCUGGGCGUGAAGAUGGAGAGGCUGACGAGCCUGUACCUCAGGAACUGCAGGAAGCUCAACGCCCUGCCUGUCCUCGGUGAGCUCCCCUGCCUGGAGCUUCUGGAUGUUAAGGAGCUGUCCUGCGUCGAAAGGAUCGAGGGCGGCUUCUGCGGCGCCGGCAUGUUCCCGAAGCUGAAGAAGGUCGUGCUCGACGACAUGCCGAGACUGCUGUCGUGGGGUGAUAUGCCGAAACUGGCGCUCCCUGAGCUCGCGGAGGUGAACAUCGUAGACUGCCCACGGCUGUCCUCCCUGUCGGGCCUAGAGCACUGCGUAUGUCCCCUCAGCCUGCGCGUCAAGGGAUUGACGGCCAUCACACCGGAAAACCUGCCAGCGAUAUUCAGUACCGGUGUCUCUAGCUACAAAUUCCACUAGCGGUACGUGUCCUCGCAUGCAACAUUCGGGUCCAUGUUACCGCCAUUUGUUCGGCAUUUGCGGGUGAUGCUAAUUAAUGCUGAAUUUUUUAA